UAUUUUAGAAUGUAAUAUAAGUAAUUGCCUCUUUUUAUUUUAAUUUGCUUAAAAUGUAAAAUUAUAAAUACCCUUAAAUUAUUUCAAACUUCUGCUUCGUUAUUAAAACAAAUAUAAGUAAUAAUUUAAAAAAAAAAUAUUUUUAUUUUGUAUCUUAGUGACAAGUAGAAUACAAACAGAACCAAUGAGAAAUGAAACCUUGCAAAAGAUUGUCGCACAAUUAGGUAAAUAAGCGAAUAAGUAAAUAUUCAAACAAAAAAAAUGAUAUUUCUUACUUGUGUUUAACGAUAAAACAUUCUUACUAAAGUAAAAAGGGCACAUUAGAUUUAGAAAUAGAAAGAUAAGCGAAAAAUGGAAAUCCACGAAGAGGAACACAUAUUAAGAUGUACUGAAAUGUUUAAUCAGUAUGAAGAAAUGAUUGAGUCGUUAUCACAAAACAUACAGUUUUAUCAGGAAGAGGUUCACACUCUUAAAGAAGAAUUAAAUCAUUUCAUACAGCAAAACAAAGAACUCUCCCUUAAGUUACAAGAAGAGCGCAAAGCUAAUUUACUACUUGAGAGCUUUAAAGAAAGAGACCAGUUUGAGAAUAAUAUAAUUAACAGUCUUAAAAGUCAAUUGGACUCCACAUUACAAGAAAAUCGGACAAUCACAGAAUUAUGGCAGUCAUCGUUGAAAACUAUAGACUGUUUGGAACAAGAAUUAAAUAUUUAUAGAGCUGAUAACGACGGCUUUGUUUCGCAACGUUUCUUAAAAUGUGAAAAAGAAAAAUAUGAUCAGGAACUACAAAGCUUGCACUCAGAUUUACAAAAUUUACAAGAAAAAUUAAAAGAAACAAUUCAAUUACAUACAGAUGCGCUAAAGGCAAAAAAUGAAGAGUUAUAUCUUGUGUCUGAAGAAAAUAAAAACGUGAAACAGCAAAUCGACGAUUUUAAAAGUGAAAUGAAUGAACUACGAAAACGACAGAUUGGAUUAGACUCAAUACAGGAACGCUUCACGCAAGUGUUGAAUGAAAAAUUACGCCAAAUAGACAACUAUAAGAAAAACGAAGCAGCAAUAAAAAUAAAAAUGAACGAAGCACUUGUUGUGGCUGAGCGGGCUGUAGUUGAGAGAGAUGCUGCUAUAUUAAGGGAAACACAAACAAAAAACGAAGUAGAAAAGUUAUCGCAAUAUUUUGAACAAAGUCGCAAGGAAAUGGAUCUGAACAUGGCAAACCAAAUAAAAGAUCUCGAAAAGUUGUAUGAAGAAAAGGGAAAAGUAGCAAAUGAAGAAAUUAAGGCACUAAAAGAUGAAUUAGCAACAAAAUCCCUUCAACUAGAAAAAUUUAAAAACGAAUGCGAAAUUCUCCAUGAAGAAGUAAAACGCAUUAGACAAGGAAAUGCCUACAUUGAUGAAACAAAUACCUCAAGACUACUUAUUCUAGAAAAAAAUAUGGAAGCAACCUUCCAAAAAUUGCUUAUUUCAGAAAAAAAGGGCCUUCAGUUGGCUGCAGAAAGAGAUAGUGUUAAAGCAGAUCUGGAGCAAAUGGUAAACAUGUAUCAUAAUGACAUGAAGAGCAAAGAAAUUGAAAAAACGGCCAUGCAAAAGAAAAUGAUAUCCUUACAAAACGAACUCGAAAUGAACAGAAAUAAUGUAAUGGUUAUAACAGAAAAGUUAGAAAAACUAGCAACUGAAAUAGACAAACUUACGGUUGAAAAUAAAAAAUCCUUACAUGUAAAGGACCAAAGAAACCAAAAAACACUAAAUGAAAUGAAAGAAAUGCAGGACAAAUUUGAAAAAAUUCAGGACAUUACACGGAGACAUUUGGAUCUGCAACAAGAAAUAAAUAAAAAAUGGCAAAAGGGAAUAGAGGAAACAACUAGAAAGUUCGAAGAAAGGAUAAAUGAGUUGAAAAGGGAAAUUCGUCAUUUAAAAGCAACGAACAAUCACUUAGAACAAGCUCUGCUAAUUGCUAAUGCAACCAUGGAAGAAUAUAAGAAAUUUUAUGACCAAAUGUGUGGAGUUGCUCAAAACAUUGCUGAAAUAGCCGAUGCUCCUACUGAAACUUGAUAUACAACCAUUU